CCAAUAAAUUUUGUUUACAUUUGGUUAGGUUAGGUUUAAACGUAAAACACUCUAAAUCGAAGAUUGAAAUGAAUGAACCAAAUUAUGAAAUGACUGAUGUGAAAAGACAAAGGGACAUUAAGGGCUACUCUUAUGGAAAACGAUAUGAAAGGCAAAGAAUCAAGAGAAAACAUGAUUCUUCUGAAGAUCACUCAUUUAUGGAAGAGUCUCGAACAGUAAUCAUGGAUAAUGGUGCAUAUACUAUAAAGGCAGCACUAGCUAGCAGAAAUGAACCACUGUUUAUACCUAAUUGCAUAAUGAAAGCCAAAGCUGAAAGAAAGAGAUUAUUUAUAGGAAAUCAAAUUGACGAGUGUAGAGAUUGUUCAGGUUUAUUUUAUUUAUUACCUUGUGAAAGAGGCUAUAUUACAAAGUGGGAAGUACAAAAACCUAUAUGGGAUCAUGUUUUCAAUAGAUCUAUCGGUUCCGUGAAUGAUAAGAAUAUUUUGAUGACACAGCCAUUAUUCAACUUCAAAAAUAUACAAGACUGCACUGAUGAAAUCUUCUUUGAAGAGUAUGAAAUUGCUUCUAUGUAUCGAUGUAAUCCUACGGAUUUAGUUGCUCUUAAAUAUGGACAAGAUUCAGGUAAGAAAAGAGGGACAUGUAUUGUGGUUGAUACAGGCUACAGUUUCACACAUGUAGUUCCUUAUAUAAAUGGAACAAAAUGUUCUAAUGGCAUACAGAGAUUACAUAUUGGUGGUAAAAUGUUAACUAAUCACAUGAAGGAUAUCUUAUCAUAUAGACAGUAUCAUGUUAUGGAAGAAACAUAUGUGAUAAACCAAGUUAAAGAAGAUACAUGCUUUGUAUCUGAAAAUUUUAAAGCUGACUUGAAAAUUGCUAGCCAACCAUUUCCAACGAAUCACAUAGUAAGAAAUUAUAUACUACCAGAUUUUAACACCAUCAGAAGAGGAUAUAUACAAAAUCCUGAUAGAAAGGACGAAUUACAUGACAAUUGCCAAGUUCUCAGACUCAACAAUGAGCGUUUUGCUGUACCUGAAAUUAUAUUUACUCCUUCAGACAUAGGAAUCACUUCUGUUGGUCUUGUAGAUUGUAUUAUAGAUUCAAUAAAAUCAUGCCCGAAGAAAUACCAUGAAAUUCUAGCAAGAAACAUAGUUGUUGUUGGUGGUAAUGCUUUACUCCCAGGAUUUAAGAAUAGAUUAAUUAAAGAAUUCCAAAGUAAAAUGCCAACAAAUUGGGUUGUAGGAGUUUCAGUUCCUGAAAAAUCUACUAUGUAUGCUUGGCAAGGUGGUAAAUCAUUUCUGAAACAAACGGGCUGGAGUAACUUUUUUGCAACUAAAAAGGAAUAUGAUGAAUUAGGAUCAUCUGGAAUUCAAAGGAAAUUUAAUCAAUGGACGAUUUUCAAAGACGAAGAGCCAAAGAAAACCACGGAUUUAAAACCUAUCAGUUUAAUUGAUCAUGUGAAUAACCUAGAUGUAUUCAAGAAGAAUGAGGAUCAUUCUCUACAUCAAGAGGACGCUGAACAAAUUGAUACCCAAAAAAUGUUUAUGACCGAAUCUCCAAAUUCACUGAAUAGAAGUUCAAUGUCGGAAGAAUUUGGCUAUACACCUCCAUUUAGUAUUUUUGACGAUAAAAAUGGUAUGGUUUUGACUCCACCUUCUUCAGAAAAAUCAUCAGAAAUUUCUGUUGGCUCAGAACCAAUGUACAAAUUGAAACCUAAUCAUUCAGAGAUCCCUCCAGUCAAAUAUUUUUUUGAAAAUGAUGACUCUGAAGAAGAAAAUACUUUAUUGAUGUGAUUUAUUUUUUUUUUAAAUAUGUACCCAAUUUUACAUUAUUUGAAAUUUUAUUAUCUAUGGUUAUAAUUCUUUUUUUUUUUCUGUACAUCAAGUAAUUUUAUACAUUUCAAUUAUUUUUUUUUUAUUCAUUAUUGGGUAUUUUUUAUAAUAAAAGAAUUUUU